CUCGAGCCGAUAGGUGGGACCGGGUACCAGUCUAGCAACAUGUGGGAAAUACAAAUAUUUCCAAUUGUGUGAAUCUGUCACGUAUAUCUUGAUGUCAUGGAUAGAUAUAUACUAGUACAUACGAACUAUAAAGGUGACAUUGUAACUGUAAAAGACUUAAAAGGCAAUGAACCAUCAGUGUCUGACACUAGGUGGCGCUGUGAGCACAUCUGCCCCAGAGACAUAUCUGUGGCUGAAGAUCAGCAUGUGUUUAAUUGGGGCACUUGUGUCUAGCAACAGCAUUCAGGAUGCAGACUGGAAAUUGGUAAAGAGCAAUGACAGGUUGCCUGAUGUUCUAGAAUCUGCAAUGAUUGAUCAUGAAAAGCAUGUAGAUAGUCAGGAGACUGUGAUCACCUCAGCAGAUAAAAUUCAUGACUUGGCUAACAGGCUUCCUAUAAAAGGUGAGCAUUUUUUAUUACAAAAUUUACAAGGUUUAAG